GUUAUUGCAAAGUGCUUCCAUCAUGAUGCCAAGUCACCCUGGUUCACCUUAUUGAAGUCAGCCGCAGCUGAAGGAACUAAUAUAAGGAAGCUCUUGAUCGAACCAGUUCCCCUGUCAGUGGAGAUCACACUUUGUAGUUGUAUUGUUUCCAUGGUUCAAAUUUAAACAGUAUAACCAAAGGCAUUUCCAGUUUUUCUUUGUAAGAAGUGAAACUUUCCAUAAUUGUUCUCAAAUGAGAAUGUAAAAUCUUGUGGGAGUUUUUCAAUGAAAUUAAAAGCAUUGAUGAAGCCACUUCUAUAUAUUUAUUUCUAUUUCUUCGACUUCCUGCCUCCAUUUGUCAAUCAAAUGAAUCAGUGUGAAUGAACAGAUCUUCAGAACUUGGUGCCCUUUGAUUAUGAUAACCAGCAAGAAUAUUCAUGUUUCAAAUCACAAUCUUACAUUUAUGCUGAUGUUGCUUGUUUCAGUUGAAAGUGGUAAAUGAUGCCUCCCAACCCAUUUCAGAACUUGUCAGUGUCAGUGAUACAAUAUCAUCCAACUCUGUCAACUAGACGUCGUUAAGGUUUGGCUGGUCAACCAUGCAUGAAUGAAUUUUUUUUUUUUUUUUCGUGGAUACAAAUUAUAAUAAAUAAUUAGCAUAUUAAACAAAAUAUAAAUAAACAAAUUAUUUACCCUUUAAAAAUUAUACAAUUUACUGUGUAAACCAGCAAGGAAAACAACAGGCCUUCUUCCAAUUAAAAUGGGAGCAGCAAGAAGAUGCAAUUAGCUUGUUGCUUUCUUUUGUUUUUUAAUACAGCCUACCAAAAUGGUAGAAUAUGAUAGAAUUUUAGAAGGCUUAUUAUUUGAGUGGGAAAAGUUCCAUUCCAUUAAUCAGCACAAAGAAAAACAAUCCUCAAAACCGAAAUCCAAUCAUCAAAUAAAGGAGCAAUGGUCGAUGGUAAUGAUCAGAGACUCUGUUUCUCACAACGACUUGUCCGUCUUCCCUCCCAUCAACCAUGAAAAUCUCCAUCACCAAAUUCAAGAACAGCAACAGCAACAGAUCCCACCUAUCAAAUCGACACUUUUACCACCGUCAGAUGCCAGCGACGUCGUCCCCUCGUCCACUGAUCGUGGGAUUGGAGAAUGGUUGGGAAUUGGGCUUCAGAUUUUGCGUGCUAAGAUCGUUAGCCUCGCUUGUUAUUUCGGUUAUAGAAACGGGACAAUUGGAAGGGCAUUUCUGUCUGUUCGAGGAGUUAUUGGCGUAGCGGCGGUGGUGCUGUUGUGGUCGUUUUGCAAGCGGGUACGGCGGCGCCAACGUCGGAAAGAGAGCAUGUUACAGUUGAAGACGAUUAUAAAGGAGAAAGAUGAGAAAAUUGCAGGACUGUUAAACCAGAUUGCUCAAAUGAAUCAAGUAUUGGUAGCACGUCAUAAAGCUCUAGUUUCAAAGUUGACAGAUUGACAGCAUCUGGUUCAAGAUCAAGUCCAAGACCCAUCAAAUUGAUGGCGAUCCCGCGACUGAGUGAUCGCAUUCCACAUUUUAGGCGAAAAUUGAGAUCUUUAAUAGUGGUUGAAAUUCGGUUUGUCUAUGGAGGAUAUUUUAUUACUUAUAUUUUCCCAAAUUUAUAAAAUAUAAUAAGUAUUAGUGAGUGUAUAUGGCUUUAUUCAUCUGAUUUAAGGUUGCUCUUUA